AUGUUGGCCCCAAGCAGGAGCCGCCUGGCCGCGGCGGCCCUCGCCUCGACGCCAUCGAGCUCGAUAUCGCUCCCGAGCUUCCUCGUACCCGCCUUCCAGAACGCAACCCCAUCGCAACCUCGGCGGCAGUUCUCCCAGACGGGCCCGCGCGCCUCCAAGCUGGGCCGGACCCCGAUCUCGAUCCCGCCGGGCGUGGAGCUGGUCGUGGGCGAGCCGCGGGUGAAGAGGGACCCGACGACGUACCUGCGGAUCCCCAAGCGCACCGUGACGGUCACGGGCCCGCUGGGGACGCUGGACCUGGAGAUCCCGCCGUACCUGGAGAUCGCGCAGGACCUGGCGGACCGCAAGGCGGUGCUCACGAUCCAGGACCGCGAGCAGAAGCAGCAGAUGGAGAUGUGGGGCACGACCUGGGCGUACCUGCAGCGGUACAUCAUCGGGGUGUCGGAGGGCCACACGGCGAUCCUGCGCCUGGUCGGCGUCGGGUACCGCGCCACGGUCGAGGAGCGCCCCAACAAGGCCGAGUACCCGGGCCAGAAGUUCGUCUGCGUCAAGCUCGGCUUCACCCACCCCGUCGAGGAGCCCGUGCCCCGGGGCAUGAAGGCCAGCACCCCGCAGCCGACGAGGAUCCUGCUCGAGGGCAUCAACCGCGAGGAGGUCAUGAGCUUCGCCGCCAGGAUCAGGAGGUGGAGACGCCCCGAGCCGUACAAGGGCAAGGGUAUCUUUGUCAACGAUGAGACGAUCAAGUUGAAGCAGAAGAAGAUCAAAUAG